UUAACCCCAACGUUAAAAAAUGGCGGAAGCUUCACUGAUUUGGUUGCGAAAUCAUAUCAAUGGAAGAACUCCAGGCAGUGGCUGAAGGCGUGUUGUUCACGGCUGAUGGGGAUGCUGACCGGGCUGGAAAGAAUGGUGGACGACAGUGGCUCGGCGAUGGCCGAUGUGCUUCGCCGGAAAAAAACUGGCAGACGAUGUUGAUAAGCUUUGUCCGUUGCUCCUUUCGACGGAGGUCCGUCGGAGGAAGCUAGAAUCCAGCGUUGACGGCGUAAGUUUUCUGAUUGUGAUGAUGUGACGAAAAAUAAAUAAAUAUAUAAAUUGAUACUGGUAAGGGGAUACUUUCAGGAUGGAGAAUUCACUGUAAGCACCAAUUGUUAGAAUAAUAGAUAGGAUUGCAAUGGUUACAAAAUCUUUUGAACAGAUUUUUGGCUCCACGUCCCUAUCGAACUCCUAUUAUUCACACUUCCAGGUGCCAGAGUUCUAGGAAGAGAAAAGGAGAGAAAGAUCGGAGUGAUAGAGACGAAAAUUAGAGCUGGAAGAGUAUAGAAUAAGGAAUAUUGAUUGAUAUUGUUCACUUAUACAAUUAUAUUGAUGUCUGUAAUAACUUGCUACCUAAAUUAUUCUAACAAGAUAAGGUAAUGAUCAUAGCAUAAUUUCCUCUUCAUUUGAUGCUCUAUAAUUGGUUCAUGUCAAUGUCAUGGCUAUUGUAAUGACAUAACAAUUAGUUUGGAAAGCGAUAGUGUAGUCAUGUAGAUCGAGAGUCCAAGACUUUUCCAUGGAUCCCCAAUCUAUCCUCUUUGUACAGAAAGAUUAAACGGCUUGCUUUGCUCGCAACAGCAGGGUGUAGGUUUCAUAUCUUACCAAGGACAAAAAGAAAAGAAAAAAAGGUAUAGAUUUAUCCUUGUUGUGGGUACUCAUGUAUAAGCAUUUGGGGGUUGUAAGUCAGUUAAGACACAUCUCGCUAUUUACCUCCUUCAUCUCUAGGACAGAGCAGUGAAGGACAAGUUUGGGUUCAAACUUAUUAAAGGGCUUGCUGACAUGAGACAGUAAAUUAAUGUAGUUGGUGGCAAUAGACAACUUUUUAAUGCUCCAUAAAUGACAUAUAUGUUGCAGCAGUGUAGGCUGCAGAAGCAUUCUCAUGGCCUCACUAAUGGAAAUCCUUCUGUUGUUACUCCUGUUUUUGGCUCGAUCAUUUUCACAUUCAGUGGUUGACACUUUACCUGGAUUCCCAGGAAAACUUCCAUUCAAGCUCGAAACUGGUUACAUAGGUGUGGGAGAAUUUCAACAAGUUCAACUGUUUUACUACUUCAUUGAAUCUGAGAAGAGCCCAGAAAGUGACCCGCUCUUUCUCUGGCUCGCUGGAGGCCCAGGCUGCUCUGGUCUCUCUAGCCUCCUCUAUGAGAUAGGUCCUUUGAGAAUUAAUUAUGCAAAUUCCACUGGAGACAUCCCAGCUUUGGAGUUGAACCAGUAUGCGUGGACCAAGGUGGCCAACAUUAUAUUUUUGGAUCAACCAGUUGGAACAGGAUUCUCCUAUGAUAAAACAUGGGAAGCUUACGUGUGUAAUGAUACACUAUCUGCACAACUUGCUUAUAGUUUCCUCAGAGGGUGGCUCCUGGACCACCCGAAAUUCCUUAGCAAUCCAUUGUACAUUGCUGGUGAUUCCUAUGCUGGAAUCAUUGUUCCGCUGAUUGUUCGCGAAAUAUAUGAUGGUUUAGAAUCUGGAAUUGAGCCACAUCUAAAUUUGAAAGGAUAUGUGGAAGGCAAUCCAGUGACCGACCAAUAUGCAGACCCCAAUAAUAGAGUCAAGUAUGCUCAUCGAAUGGGGCUUUUAUCAGACAAUCUAUACCAGUCCACAAAAGUAACAUGCCAUGGACAUUACAUCGGUGAAGAUCCAGAAAAUGCUGAAUGUCAAUAUAAUCUUGAAAGAGUAUCAAAGUGUACUGAAAAGAUUAAUCAGGCGCAAAUUUUAGAACCGGUGUGUAGCGUUGAAAGUUUACUGACUCUAGAUGUGAGUUCUAUUGGUGAAAAUUUACCGCAACAAUGGUGCAGAGAAAAUAAUUAUUUGUUCUCCUCCACCUGGGCAAAUAACAAAGUUGUCCAGAAAGCACUUCACGUGCAUGAGGGAACGAUAACAGAGUGGGUUAGAUGCAACCAAAGCUUGAAAGGUGAUACUAAUGAGAGAACUGGGGCAUACAAUUUUAAUGUCCAAAGCACAGUUGAUUAUCAUCGAAGUUUCACCAACAAAUCUUGUCGAGUCCUAAUCUACAGUGGGGAUCAUGACAUGGUCGCUCCUCAUCUGGGCACAGAAGAAUGGAUAGGGUCCUUACAAGUUGCGGUUGAAGAUGAUUGGAGACCUUGGUUUGUUGAAGAUCAAGUUGCAGGAUACACCAUGAAGUAUUCACAGAAUAACUAUGAGUUGACAUAUGCAACUGUAAAGGGAGCAGGUCAUACAGCACCAGAGUAUAAGCCACGACAAUGUCAGUCAAUGAUUCAGAGAUGGCUUAGCAAUUAUUCUCUUUGAUUAUGUAAUAUUGAAUGCAUAUUCAAUGAAUAAAAUUGCAAUGACCUUUGAUAUCUUUCUCUGUUAAAAAUAAGCUACAACAGUGUCAGGCAAUGAUUCAGAGAUGGCUUAGCAAUUAUCCUUUUUGAUUAUGUAAUAUUGAAUGCAUAUUCAAUGAAUAAAAUUGCAAUGACCUUUGUAUC